AUGAGCGGGGUGCUGUCAGGGGUAACCACAUCUGUCAACCGUUCUUGGCCAAUAAAGAGCGGAGCGAGGCGGACCACAGGUGCGCGCCUCUGCGUCCCCUUGGCACAGCGCCCGGGAGAUGCUGGAGAGAGACGCCUAGCUGCCCCGUGGCGCAAAAGAGUUACUGUCAAAGGCAGCCUCCUUUUAACUCCAGCUAUCACUCUGGCUCCGAUAGUUAUGGCGACCGCAACGUCCAACCACUACAGCGUCCUCACCACCCCCAGCAGCGCGCCGCCGCCGCACUCGGAGUCCGGGAGCAUGCAGCAGGCGGCAGCGUACAGGGACGCGCACACCCUGCUCCAGAACGACUAUAGCACGUUACCGGGCGGUGGGCAUCCGCUCAGCCACGCGCACCAGUGGAUAACGGCGCUGUCUCACGGUGACAGCGGGGCACCCUGGCCAUCUAGUCCCCUCGGAGAACAAGACGUGAAGCCCGUAUUGCAUGACAGUGACCGAGAGGAGCUGCAGAACUCCAGCAGUCUGCAGCAGCAACAGCAGCAGCAGCAACAGCGACACCCUCACCUAGCGCACCAGCAGGCGCAUCACGACGCCAGAGCAUGGCGAACCAGCACAGCCACAACGCACAUCUCCGGUAUGGCGACGUCUGAGGGCCAGAGCCUGGUGUACUCCCAGUCCGGCUUCGGUCUGAUGCCGGGUGGAGAGCAAGGUGGGAUGCAUCACCACCCCCUGCGGGAAGAGGACCACCACAGCCACAGUCCGCACCUCAGUGAACAUGGAGGCGGCCCCGGGGCCCACCAGCAAUCUCUUUCACACCAUCACCAGCACGGGGGCCAUCAGGAUCAGUCUGACGAGGACACACCGACCUCUGACGAGUUGGAGCAGUUUGCCAAGCAGUUCAAACAGCGACGAAUCAAGCUUGGCUUCACCCAGGCGGAUGUGGGACUGGCUCUUGGGACGCUGUAUGGAAACGUUUUUUCUCAGACGACCAUUUGCAGGUUCGAGGCGCUUCAACUCAGCUUCAAAAACAUGUGUAAACUAAAACCGCUGUUGAACAAGUGGCUGGAGGAGGCGGACUCCACCUCGGGGAGCCCUACUAGCCUUGAUAAAAUCGCGGCACAAGGACGGAAAAGGAAAAAGAGAACCUCCAUUGAGGUGGGCGUCAAAGGGGCUCUGGAGAGCCAUUUUCUCAAAUGUCCAAAACCAGGAGCAGCGGAGAUCAACUCCCUAGCGGACAGUCUGCAGCUGGAGAAGGAGGUGGUGAGGGUUUGGUUUUGUAACCGGCGGCAGAAGGAGAAGAGGAUGACACCCGCUGGGGGACAGAUACCUGGAGGAGAGGACAUGUACGGGGACACCCCUCCUCGCCACGGAGGACAAACUCCUGUGCAGUGACCUUAGUCCGCAAUUCUGAGCAAAACACGGACCCCUUAAGGAGGUAUAAUGCCUCCUUAUUUGUUUUAUUCUCUGUGCUGGACCGCUCGGAACUGGACCUCAGCCAGUUUAGAUGUUGGACCCACGGACAGACACAGUGGUUACACACAGUGACACGCGAGCGCUAAAAAUACUCAUAGCAGAGCUGUACGGAGAGGUUUCAUGCCGCAGAACUGCCAAAUGUAUCGGGGUGGUGUGUGCUAACAAGAAAAAAGAAGAAGGAAAAAAAAAGAAGAAGAAAAAAAAAAUUGACGUUUUCUGUAUGUCCGACCCAGGCGCCGGUGUGCCAUUGUCAAAUGUGUUAUUUAAAAAAAAAAAAGGCAGAGCGUGACACGGACGAGACGUGUCCGCAGGGAGAAAAACAUAAAAACUAGCUUCGGGCAUGAUGAUUUAGUCGCAGUGAGUGUGGGUAAAUAAACGCCAUCUUUCCAUCAUAACAAAAGCAACAGGGGUUCUUCGCGGCUUGUGGCAAGAGAGGGCUGAAAUGGCAGACACCUGCUGUACAAUGUUUAAAAAUUAAAGCCAAUACCAGCCAACUGAUUUAUUAUUAUUAUUAUUAUUUUAAAAUUGUAGCGAUUUGUCAAAAUUUAUUGUGACGAACUGAAGUCAUCCACAAUAAAAUUACACUCUUGCUUUAAUAUAACAAUAUUUAAAAGUAUAAUUUUUUUUUUUUUUUUUUUUACAUUCUGAAUUUAGCAGCAGAUUUCAUCCUAAAUAAUAAUAACAAUAAUAAUAUCGUGGAGACUGAGUAUUGCGGACUUCAAGGCUUUUCCUUUUGUGCAGACAUUUCUGUGCGCCUGUUUACAGUGUGUUUUUGCUGUUUGUUAUUUCUGUACUUUUCCAAAAUGCUGUGACGAGAAAGACCGAGACUGUCCGGCUGGAACACUCAGAACAAUCCAGCCCAUUUUGCCUUCUUUUCCUAAGAAGAAAAAAAAAACUGAAUAUAUCCUGGUACCAGCUCUGGCCACAGUGGCUAUAAUACUACUACUACUACUACUGUAUGACUCAUUCAUUCACGGAGAAGACGAUCUGUGGGAUGUAUCGCCAUUCGUUUUUGUAUUGCUUCGUUCGUUUGUUUGUUUGUUCAGUUUCUUUUCUGUCAGUCUGUGCCAAAGCACAAACACAGACACGUGUUCUUGUGCCACUGAAAUCCUGUGAUUGAUGACCUGAUCUGAUAGUAGGAGUGUAUGUGGGAGAAAACCCACUAAAGGUUCUCUUACCAAAUUAUGAAGAAAAAUUAUAUAUAUAUAUAUAUAAAACAGAAACUCAAAUAACGCUGAGGAAUAUAGAUGAAUGGAGAGGAAUUUUUUAAUAGACCACAGCCUGUUAAUGUGAGACAGUGUACAAAAAAAACCUGAAUGUAUAAGUCUUACCUAACAACAUUAAAGUAGGUCUAUAACCUCCCUCUCAUCGCCAAUCAUAAAAAAAAAAAAAUCAUAGCAAUAUUUUAAUGUAAUGUUCUGCAAUACGCACAUGGCAUUUGUUUUUAUUUAUGGGUAGGUAUUAGAUAAUAAUUCGCCCUCAAUUAAAAUAAGGCCACAUACUUCUGAAAUCCAAAAAUCAUCUUGUAAUUACACUCUGAAUAAUCCUUCAGCUGAAUUUGAGUUUCUGAGGUGAAAAAAAAAAAAAAGAGUUAAACCAAAACAAAAUAGCAUUGACCUGAAAUCUGUGAUCAAAUGAGGAGGAAAAAGAAAUCAGCGAUUGCACAAUUUCUAAAUGCUUUUUGUCAUUAAAGCGUAUUUGUUUUCUAAAACUCUACAGUCCUGCACGUUUAUUGGGCUUCAGGAAAAGAAAGAGAAAAAAGUCGCAACGAGCUGUAUUUUUUAUUGUGCGCGGACUCGCAUUAAAAUGAUGGAUUUUAUCAGUUCGUCUCGGUUGCUUUAAAUGGUCCUUCACCUGCUU